ACCGACCACCAUGCUCGCGCGAAAUGUGAAGUGCCUUGUGAUUCAGUAAUGUGAGAAUGUCUCAAGUCCCGAGCGGAAAGAAGGGCGGCAAAGGCCCGCCGAAGAAGGUCCCUGAAGAGGAGAAAGAGAAAAAAGUAGAGGAGAAAGAUGAGACAUCAUCCGUCAAUGGAGACAAGAAGGAAGUCAAGGAGGGCAAUGGGAUCCCCGACGUGCCCAAGCCUCCGAGCGCGGGGAUCAACAUGCGGGAGGUGGCGGCCAAGAUCCUGGUGCUGGCGCAGAAGAGCGAGUGGCCGGCCGUGGAACAGACCCUCAAAGUGCUGGAGAAGCUGGUGGCAGCUGGAGGAGAGGAUACCGUCUCAGUUCCUAUGGCCGGCAUCAUUGAUCCGACAACCGGCAUGACACCGCUGAUGUACGCAGUGAAGGACAACCGAACAUCCUUUGUGGAAAGGCUCAUCGAGUUGGGUUCAGACGUUGGAGCUAGAAAUAAUGACAACUACAAUGUGCUGCACAUAUCAGCGAUGUAUUCGAGAGAGGACAUUGUCAAGCUGUUGCUGUCGAAAAGAGGCGUCGAUCCAUUUGCUACGGGAGGAAGUCGUCAACAAACAGCUGUACACAUCGUGGCAAGCAGGCAGACAGGCACAGCCACCAGCAUACUGCGAGCACUGCUCACAGCCGCGGGCAAGGACAUAAGACUACGCACAGAUGGGAGGGGCAAGAUCCCGCUACUGCUGGCGGUGGAGGCUGGCAACCAGAGCAUGGUGCGCGAGCUUCUCAGCGCGCAGACGGCCGAACAGCUCAAGGCUAGCACACCAUCGGGAGACACGGCCUUGCACCUCGCAGCCAGGAGACGAGAUGUGGACAUGUCUCGCAUCUUAGUAGACUACGGGUCAGUAGUGGACGCAGUCAACGGAGCCGGCCAAACAGCGCUGCAUAUAGCUGCGGCCGAGGGUGAUGAGCCAUUGGUCAAAUACUUCUAUGGAGUACGAGCCAAUGCGGCCAUCGCAGAUAACGAAGAUAGAACGCCAAUGCAUUUGGCAGCGGAAAACGGGCAUGCAGCGAUCAUCGAGCUAUUAGCUGACAAAUUCAAAGCAUCCAUAUUCGAGAGGACCAAAGACGGCAGCACUCUUAUGCACAUCGCUUCAUUGAAUGGCCACGCUGACUGCGCAAUGAUGCUGUUCAAGAAAGGUGUCUAUCUUCAUAUGCCAAAUAAGGACGGUGCACGAAGUAUCCACACAGCGGCAAGGUAUGGCCACGUGGGCAUCAUCAACACGUUGCUACAGAAGGGAGAAAGCGUCGAUGUCACUACUAACGACAACUACACGGCCUUGCAUAUAGCGGUUGAGUCGUGCAAGCCAGCCGUUGUUGAAACGCUUCUUGGCUACGGGGCUGAUGUGCACAUACGCGGGGGCAAGCAAAGAGAGACCCCAUUACACAUCGCGGCAAGAAUCCCUGACGGUGACAAGUGCGCAUUAAUGCUAUUAAAGUCUGGUGCUGGACCAAAUAAAGCAACUGAAGAUGGCAUGACACCCGUCCACGUGGCGGCAAGGUAUGGAAACCUGGCUACUUUGGUGCUGCUUUUAGAAGAUGGAGGCGACCCGCUAAGGAAAACAAAGACUGGUGAAACGCCUCUUCAUAUGGCGUGUCGAAGCUGUAAGCCAGAUAUUGUACGACAUUUGAUAGAAUUCGUAAAAACACGUAAAGGCGAAAAAGUUGCCACGAUGUACGUCGACACCGUCGACGAGGACGGGGCGAGUGCUUUACAUUUCGCUGGACAAAUUACUAAAGAAGAGGUCAAAGCAGCUUCUGCAGAUAGAGAGGUAGUCAAGUGUUUAAUGCAGAAUGGUGCUGAUGUAAACCUACAAACGAAACAUAAUCAUGAAACGGCUUUACACUUCUGUGCGAUAGCGGGCAACAACGAUGUGUUAACAGAAAUGAUUACAGAUAUGUCGACUGCCGAUGUCAGUAGAGCUCUGAAUAAACAAAACUCCAUUGGAUGGACGCCGUUACUCAUCGCAUGCAACAGAGGCCAUAUGGAACUUGUCAAUAAUUUACUUACAAAUCAUGCGAGAGUAGAUGUGUUUGAUGUUGAAGGAAGAUCAGCGUUACAUUUGGCUGCCGAACAUGGAUAUCUACAAGUGUGUGAUGCUUUACUGACAAAUAAAGCUUUCAUAAACUCUAAAGCAAGAAACGGACGAACUGCGUUACACUUGGCGGCAAUGCAUGGCUAUGUCCAUUUAGUUAAAUUUUUAAUAAGAGAUCAUAAUGCUAUGAUUGAUGUUUUAACAUUAAAAAAACAAACUCCGCUACAUUUGGCAGCAGCGAGUGGACAAAUCGAAGUCUGCAAAUUGUUGCUUGAACUAGGUGCCAAUAUUGAUGCAACAGAUGAGUUAGGUCAGAAACCGAUCCAUACUGCUGCACAAAAUAAUUAUUCAGAGGUAGUACAGCUAUUUUUGCAGCAACAUCCCAACUUAGUAAUGGCUACAACAAAAGAAGGGAAUACGUGCGCACAUAUUGCAGCUAUUCAAGGAUCUGUUAAAGUAAUAGAAGAGCUAAUGAAGUUUGAUAGAAAUGGCGUGAUAUCCGCGCGAAAUAAACUAAACGACUCUACUCCCUUACAAUUAGCUGCCGAAGGUGGUCACGCUGACGUAGUUAGAGUUUUAGUCAGAGCUGGAGCAUCAUGUACUGAUGAAAAUAGAGCAGGGUUAACUGCAGUUCACUUAGCUGCUGAACACGGUCACACAAAUGUAUUAGAUGUAAUGCGCUCUACUAACACUUUAAGGAUAUCGAGUAAAAAGUUAGGCUUAACUCCACUCCAUAUUGCAGCUUACUAUGGACAAGCAGAAACGGUUCGAGAACUUUUGUCUUAUGUACCGGGAACUGUAAAAUCUGAACCCCCAACUGGAGUAUCGUUGGUACCAAUUUUGGGAUCUGAAUCUGGACUAACACCACUACACCUUGCCGCCUAUAAUGGUAAUGAGAACGUCGUGCGGCUAUUGCUUAAUUCAGCUGGAGUACAAGUUGAUGCUGCUACGAAUGAAAAUGGAUACAAUCCACUUCAUUUAGCAUGCUUUGGAGGACAUAUGUCAAUAGUCGGUUUACUACUAAGUAGAUCCGCAGAACUUCUUCAAAGCACUGACAGACAUGGGAAAACUGGCUUACAUAUAGCAUCGACACACGGACAUUACCAGAUGGUUGAAGUUUUGCUUGGACAAGGAGCUGAAAUCAAUGCAACGGACAAAAAUGGAUGGACUCCUUUACAUUGUGCAUCAAAAGCUGGACAUUUAAAUGUAGUUAAGUUGUUGUGCGAGUCAGGAGCGUCGCCUCGAAGCGAAACAAAUUUGAAUUGUGCGCCUAUUUGGUUUGCGGCUUCUGAAAACCACAACGACGUCCUUGAAUACCUCUUGCAUAAAGAACACGAUACGCAAUCGCUUAUGGAUGACAAAAGGUUCAUUUACAAUUUGAUGGUGUGUUCCAAAAAUCACAACAACAUACCGAUUGAAGAGUUUGUGUUAGUUUCACCAGCACCCGUUGAUACAGCUGCUAAAUUAUCCAAUCUGUACAUUAAUUUAUCAACAAAGGAAAAAGAGCGUGCCAAAGAUCUCAUAGCAGCCGGAAAACAAUGCGAAGCGAUGGCUACAGAGUUGUUGGCUUUAGCAGCCGGUGCCGACUCAGCUGGUCACAUACUUACAGCUACGGACAAUAGAAAUAUUGAAUUUUUAGAUGUAUUAAUAGAGAAUGAGCAAAAAGAAGUGAUCGCCCAUACUGUCGUUCAAAGAUAUCUUCAGGAACUCUGGCGUGGGAGCCUUAAAUGGACUGGCAUCAAAAUUUUGUUCCUUUUUUUCGCGUUCAUAAUUUGCCCACCUGUUUGGAUGGUGUUUUCCCUUCCACUAGGGCACAGAUAUAAUAAAAUUCCUAUAAUUAAGUUUAUGUCGUAUUUAACGUCGCAUAUUUAUCUAAUGAUAUUGUUAUCAUUAGUGGCCAUAACGCCUAUAUAUAAUUCUAUAUUUAGAGAAAGCUUAGUACCUAGAUGGUAUGAAUGGAUACUUCUCAUUUGUUUGAGCGGUCUUUUACUUUUUGAGUUAACAAACCCUAGUGAUAAAUCAGGUUUAGGUUGGAUUAAAAUUGCAGUUUUAUUAUUAGGUAUGAUCGGAGUAGCGACCCACGUCGUUGGGUGGAUUUUUAUAUUACCUAAGUAUUGGCCAACAUUAAUGUACUGUAGGAAUCAAUUUUUUGCCUUAUCAUUUUUAUUAGCAUGUGUUCAAAUAUUAGACUUCUUAUCCUUCCAUCACCUCUUCGGUCCCUGGGCGAUUAUUAUUGGAGACCUCAUGAAGGAUCUAGGGAGAUUUCUUGCAGUUUUAGCGAUAUUUGUAUUUGGAUUCUCGAUGCAUAUCGUGGCACUGAACCAACCGUUUAGAAAUAUAUACAAACCAGAAGAUAACAAAUACGCAAGAAAAGCGAGAAGAACAUUAUUUUCAGACGUGACUAUGAACCCGUUGUAUUCCUUCGAGCUCCUGUUCUUCGCGGUGUUCGGGCAGACCACUACGGAGCAGACGCGAGUCCACAGGAACGACAGCAACGCGCAGCCGGUCUGGACGAACUACUUGUUCAAAAUCGUGUUCGGCAUCUACAUGCUGGUGUCGGUAGUCGUCCUGAUCAACCUGCUUAUUGCCAUGAUGUCUGACACGUACCAGAGGAUACAGGCGCAAUCAGACAUAGAGUGGAAGUACGGACUGUCCAAGCUGAUCCGGAACAUGCAUCGAACUAACACCGCGCCAUCUCCUCUGAACCUCGUCACCACUUGGCUGAUGUGGCUCAUACACAGGUGUAAGGAGCGGCUGAACAAGAAGAAAAGGCCUAGCUUGGUUCAUAUGAUCGGACUGCAGCGUCCAGACCAGAUGAGCGCCAGGUCCAAAGCUGGCGCCAAGUGGCUAUCUAAAGUCAAGAGAGGACAGGUUGUUCCUAAAGAUUCAACACGCCUCUCCGUAGUUCACCUGAGUCCUCUAGGCUCUCAAAUGAGCUUCAGCAACAUGACGAGGAUAGAGAACGUAGUGGACUGGGAGAUAAUCGCUAAGAAGUAUCGAGCUCUGAUGAGGGAUGAGCCAGAGGAGCCGGUGAAUAAAGACAACGAAGCAGACACGGUUGAAGACGAGUCGGAGAUAGUUCCUAACAACAUCGCCGCUGCACCGCCUUGAAGAGAGAAAUAUUAUGUAUUUCUUGGAUAUUUUAAUUAAUGUGAAACUACCUGAAGUCGAAUCAAUUUUCAGCUAUACCGAGUUAAAGAUGAUGUUAACAAAGGAAAAGAUGAUUUGGAGUUAACCAUUGUACUUGUAAUGAUUUUAAUAUUUUUCUAAAAAAACCUUACAUUAAAAUUAAGAGUUAAUGAGUUGGAAAAAUUAUUCAUGUCUUCAUUUACCACUCAUACUUGAUAUAAUGAUAGUAGAUUUUUUAUUUUAUAUAGAUUUAAAUUACCUAAGUUAGUUAAUUAAUUACUUCAACUUAUAGACAAAGGAAGGAAAGCAAAUUCUUGCGAUAUAAAAAGAGAUUAAAUCCGAAAGGUAGAUUAGGAAUUGAAAACGUCUAGUCACAACAGUCUUGUCAUAAUGUUAAAUUAUUUUAGUACUCGUAUAAGCAACGAUCUCUUUGUAGUAGGUACGUAAGCAUAAGUUUUUUUUACUUUGAUUUAUCAAUUUUAAUGUGUUGUGACUCGAGUGUAAUUAAAAAUAAAGUAUUGUACAAUGUAGAGUUCAAUAUAGCUUUCAUAUUAAGUGAUCCAUAGGACUCAAACUCCCGUCAU